AUGGUGUAUACUUUGGUUUUAUUGAGACACGGCGAAAGUGUUAUGAACAAGGAAAACCGUUUUUGCGGUUGGAUUGACGUUGAUUUGAGUGAAAAUGGAAAACAACAAGCAAGGGAUGCCGCUGAUAUGAUCAGUAAACACAACUUGACUUUUGGACAUGUUUUCACCUCUAUUUUGAAACGAUCAUAUGACACAGCUUCAAUAGUUUUAGAAAGACUGAAUCAGAAGGAUGUUCCUUCAACUAAAACGUGGAGGCUAAACGAGAGGCAUUAUGGAGCAUUGCAAGGUCUCGACAAGCUCGAAGUUGCUCAACAAUAUGGAGAGGCGCAAGUUAAACAGUGGAGAAGAUCAUACGACAUCCCACCACCAAAAGCACCUGAGGAUAGCCCACACAAUCCUAAAAAUAAUCAUCUGUUUGACGUAGUGCCGAGAGAAUUGCUUCCUAACGGAGAAAGCCUUAAAUUAACACUCGAGAGAGUUAUGCCAUUCUGGAAUGAAACAAUAGUCCCAGAAUUGAAAAAGGGACAACCCGUUUUCAUAGCAGCACACGGAAACAGUUUGAGAGGAUUGAUCAAGAUGUUGGAUAACAUGUCUGAAGCACAAAUUAUGGAGUUCGACCUUCCCACAGGAGUGCCUGUACUAUACAAACUUAACGAGGACUUUAGCGUUAAAUCGAAGGAGUUUUUAUUGGAUGAAGCAGCACUAAAGGCGAAGAUGGAAGCGGAGAAGAACGCAAUCAAAAAACAGGCAGCAAAGUAA